GUGAAAUCUGCAGCGAGUGAGUCGAGAAAUCAACAAACGUCACGAGCUUUCCCGGAAACUCACCCUUCUCCGAUUUUCUUCCCUGAAAGUUUAUCUUCUGCCUGGUGUGAUCUGCACCGACCGGCGUUCUGCUCCGGAGCCUGAAACCCUCACACUUAAUGUCGAAGCUGAGUUGGUGCUGAGUGUCAUUAUGAGAUGUCGUCUCCAAGUGCCUCCUUCGUGCAAGUCAAGUUCGAUGACAUUCUUUUCUAUGAGAACUGUGGCGGCGGCAGCUUCGGAAGUGUGUACCGAGCCAGGUGGAUCUCCCAGGACAAAGAGGUAGCAGUGAAAAAACUGCUCAAGAUUGAAAACGAGGCUGAAAUCCUCAGCGUCCUCAGCCACCGUAACAUCAUUCAGUUUUAUGGCGCAAUUGUUGAGGCUCCCAACUAUGGAAUCGUCACUGAGUAUGCCAGUGGUGGAUCGCUGUACGAUUACCUGUCCAGUGCUGAGAGUGAGGACAUGGACAUGGGACAGAUCAUGACAUGGGCUGCAGACAUUGCCAGAGGGAUACACUAUUUACAUUCAGAGGCCCCAGUAAAGGUGAUCCACAGAGACCUGAAGUCCAGGAAUGUUGUUUUAGCUGCAGACAAAGUUCUCAAGAUUUGUGAUUUUGGGGCUUCUAAGUUCUUGACCCACACAACACACAUGUCCUUGGUUGGCACAUUUCCCUGGAUGGCCCCAGAAGUGAUCCAGAGCCUGCCUGUGUCUGAGACUUGUGACACUUUCUCCUAUGGUGUGGUGCUUUGGGAAAUGCUUACCCGUGAGAUACCUUUCAAAGGCCUGGAAGGAUUGCAAGUGGCCUGGCUUGUGGUGGAGAAAAAUGAGAGGUUAACCAUCCCAAGUGGCUGUCCUGUCAGCUUUGCUGAGCUCAUGAGGAACUGCUGGGCGACAGAGCCAAAAGAAAGGCCAGUGUUCAAGCAGAUCCUCUCUACUUUGGAGUCCAUGUCUAAUGACAGCCAACUUCCUCAACAGUGCAACUCUUUCCUUCACAACAAGGCUGAAUGGAGGUCUGAGAUUGAAGCUACUCUUGAGAGACUUAAGAAGCUGGAGAGGGACCUGAGCACUAAAGAACAGGAGCUGAAGGAGCGAGAGCGGCGUCUAAAGAUGUGGGAGCGCAAACUCAUCGAACAGUCCAACAGCCCGUUGCUGCCCACCCUUGACAUCUAUGCCUGGACUGAGGAGCACGUGUAUUUCUGGAUGCAGCAAAUAUUCAGUGCAGGGGAAGGUACAUAUGAUAUUCAGCUGUACGCUGACCUGUUCAAAGAAAAUCACAUCACUGGACAGAGAUUGCUAUUGCUCACAGAAGCCGACAUGCGGGACAUGGGGGUCAAGUCCAAAGGUCAUGUCAUGCAUCUUAAGUGUGAAAUUGAAAAGCUAACUAAUGAUUACCUUGGGUUCGUCCACUUCCCACCACUACUGAAGGAUGAGCUGGAAAGAGAGGUGGGAAGGAGUAAAACUGUAAAUCUGGAGCUGGUCUUUGGGUACCACUGGAAACCAGGAACAGGGAAAUCUGACUGCAAAUGGAAAAUGUACAUGGAACUUGAUGGAGAUGACGUUGCAGUAACUUACAUCAAAGAUGUAAUCUUUAAUGUCAACCAACAGAAUGUGGAAGUCCUGCGGAUGACUAAGCCACCUUUUGUGAUGGAUAAAUGGAUCGUUGGAAUACAACAGAAUCAGAGAGUGGACUACAUAGUCAGCUAUGAGGAUGAUGUCAAGUCACCAAAGACUACGAGACACAGCUGCCCAAUGAUGUGGAGUGUCAGUGGUAGACAAGACGAAAUCAAGACUGUGGAGCUGGUCAUUGAAACAGCAUCGGUUAACAUUGACUGUAACACCUGGGACAGGUCUAGCUCUGAUAUUGAUCCCAUAUGGAUGCACAACGUAAGGUUGAGGCAGAUGAUGACUCAGAAAUCCCAGCAGCCGACUGCUGCUCGGACUACCUUCACUAGCUCGGAUGCCCGCACUCUGCCUCAGUUCCUGUCUGCACAUGAAAGCCAGGAGUUCUCUUAUGCUGCAGCUGUGCGUCGCCCUUCAAACCGCCUCCAUGUAUCUCCCUGGAAUGACUCACGCAGCUCCUCGCCAACUGCUAGCCUGUCGGCCAAACUCUCAACGCUCCAUCUGGGGUCAAAGGGCAGCAGUCCUUCCAGCACCACGUCAGAGAGCACCUCAGAGAGGGAACGAGAGCGUCCACUCAGUGCUGGAGCACUGCAUGAUCACCGCAGAAACAACUACUUUGGCAACACAUUAAAUGUGGGAAGGGGGCAGGGUAGGGGGCAUGCAUGGACCAAUACUAGAGGUAGCUAUAUUCAUAAUAAACCCAUCAAAACCUCACGACCGCCAGGGAGGCCACGGUCCAAUAGUUACAGUGUCACAGCACAGAACCGCCCACCCAUGAUACCAGGUAUAUUGUCUGUGACAGAAAACCCCAGUGAGGAAAAAGAAGGGGCCAAAGCCAGUGAUGGAGGCUGGAUCAAAGUGGAGCGACAGAAAAGAUUACCACGUCAGGACAAUAAACAAGUCAGAGGUCGACAGAGGAGAGGCGGCAGGGGAGGGCGUGGCACUGGUGGAAGAACUUAACAUGGGCCACACAUGAACUGACAGCUUCUCGUAUGCUGAACAUGUCACGCACUGAAAAGAUUUUUGCAUAUGAAUUGUGUUUACGUACAUGCUCAAAAAUGAACUGCUUAUUUUAAAAGAGUCACACUGAUGCUUAUAAUGUAUAUGCAUGACUAAAUAAGGUUUUAUUUUUAAAAACUGGCUCUUGUCUGGUUAAUAUAAAUGAGCCUAUGCUCAGCAUGUAUAACUUAUUAUUAGAAAAAUUGACAAUUCGUUCUCUGUUAUUUUAUUUUCUUUCCUCCAUUAAAUGGCAGAUGGCAUCCAGUAAUAAUGUUGCAUAAAAAAAAUAUAUGACUCUAUUUAUCAGCGCAGUUUCUCACAAGUAACCAAAUAAACUGUUAUAAUGCCAUGACCCAAGGUUAAAUAAAAAUUUCAGACUCAUUUCAUCCAA